CAAAAAAAUAUAGUUAUGUUCAUUUUUUCUCGGCGCUCGACUGUCCCGGGCGGGGGCCGCACCGGAGGCGGCGUUUCCGCCUUUCGUUCCGGCCACGCCCGGGACCACUCUGCCAGUUCUGGCCCCGUUGAACGAAAAACGAUCCCCCCCUCACCGUAGUACCCUUCGAAAGAGAGGGGAAGUUCCACCGCCGGAACCGGUGCCCGCGCUCCGGAGGUGGGCCCUCCCCGCUCUCGGGCCAUUUCGACGGAACGACUUUGUCCGGUUUAGAAUCGAGCGGGGAACACCCCAAGGUUGGGAUUUUGGAAAAAGCCGGUCACAAAUCUUCAGCGUUUUUCGAUCACCCCGAAAGCUGCGUGCAGAUUUUUUCCGUUCUUUUCCAAGAUGGCGCGCGCGCGCGUGUUGUUCCCCUAACCCCCCCUAGCAUUCCCACUCCUGCAAUCCUCCUCUGCGUCGUGCGGAUAGUUGGUGCGAUUUUUAUUUCUCUCGGGUUUGGUUUGGUUGGUAGGAGAAAAGUUAUCGAUCGAAGCAUGCGCCGAUGCCGGGCCGGUCAGUUGAGAAUCUUUCUUGAUGGUUAGGUGUCAAGUUAGAAGCUUGUUAUGAAAUCAGGUUGCUUGGAUUUGUUAGAAUUAUAUAAACAGGAAGCAAGAGCAGGAAAAGGUUGUUUGGAAGGUUUACCAAACUUAGUAGGCGCGGUGCCGUACAGCAAGUAUCGAGAUACUGGAACACUGCUCAGCAUCUACAUAAGAUUUCGAUACCUGAUAUCAAUAGCUUGUAGUAAUUGAGUACGUAUGAAAAUAUGACAAACUAAUCGCAUCACAACACGUGCUGAAAGAAGAAAUGAAGACGAUUCCAACAAGACCUACAAAAGAUCAUCUACCAUCAUGACCAACCACAGAAGAUUUUUGAACUCUAAAUAGACACACGACUCCGUUAUGGCAAGACAAUAAAAAUUCACUUUCGGCACGUGCUGAGUCAUCCCAAUUAACCGGGAGAAUAGAUUCUAGAGCCUAACGCCGGAAUUAUAACAAAUUAAACUUGAUGAAACAACAGACUUGGAUGGCGCAGAUCAUCUAUAAAAAAAAACAUAGUAGAUAGGAAAGGACAUCUAAUUUCAGCGGGUCUCUAAUGUUGCCAUAUCAGCACUUUGACAUUCAAUUACAGCUCAUUAACAGCAUUUUCAACUGACAUCGAGUGAUAAAUAACUCAAUAAGAAGUGAGCAAGCAAGUUCCUAUCAAAAGUUUUGCAAAAUUAGUUGUUUAAAUGUCAUGUUGAAGACAUAACCAGAAUAACCUAGAAAAAAUUUUGCUCACUAGUGACUUGCUAUGAAAUUAGGUACAUAAAGUUUACGUCCGUGAUAGAGAAAGGAACCUAAGUAGAUUUUUUUAAGGAGAACGUUCGCAAGCUUUUCACUACCGACAACCCUCUUCAACGAUUAGGCAAACAACAAAAAUCGCACUCUGCUAUCGCACCAAGCAGAACUCGUGGCUCUUUUCCGGCUAGCUUCCAGAUUCACUCACCACAAACGCACACCAGCUCGACAGCCAGCUGUGAAUCUGUGAAACUAGGGCAAAGCGCAUUAGUUCUGAGAGAGAAAUCGCCAACUGCAAACCCAUAAAACAAAACCAGGAGGAAUUCUAAAGCGCUCAAAGUGGUGUCACCGCAUCAAGUCUCUCACUUUUUCUCUCUCUCUCUCUCGCUGUUUUGUUACGUAAAACUCAAGAAACCUCGUUUUCGUUCUGGGAACAGAAUCCAUUCGACGUGCUCCACUUGCUACCCAAAAACAGAUAAAACGACGAACCUCUCAGUAUCUCCUUUUGGAGAAGACGGGUGGAGCAGAAAAUGGCCAUAGCUAUAUAUAAGUAACGAACGCGGCGGAAAUGGGAAAACAGAAUAGUAGUCCUGGUUCCGGAAGCGCGUGCACGGCCCUGCCAUCCUCGUCUGCGUCGUCCUGGGUACAUCGCUGGUGAGCUGUGAAGAGAGUAUGUAUUCAACCCGGUACUGCUAGAUACGUACAAGAACGCCCCUCUCCCCCCGAUUGUGGUGUGUUUGCAAUCGCCGGCGAAGCCCGUCCAGCAGCAGCCGCCGGUGGCCCAACCCAUUGUGCAGCAGCCCAAGUCGGAACCGAUCGACCUCGAGCCGGAGGAGAGCAUGGCGAUGGCCGAUUCCGGCGAUGAGAACACGGCCGAGGGCGGCAUCGGGGCCAAGAUGCGCAAGAUCUUUGCGCACCGCAAGAACCUGAGCCCGGCCGACCGCAAGAAGUUGGAAAAGGAACGCAAGGCCCGUCAACUGCGCCGCCUGCGCAAGCUGCUCACCCCGAAGAACGCCGUCGUGGCGCUGCACGAGCUGCAGGGACCGGGCAUGAGCGAGUUCGUCAUCAACACCAACGGCCAGGAGACGACCGCCGAGAUCGUGGUGAACAACGUGCGCUACGAAGCGACCGCCCCGAACAAGCACCUGGCCAAGGCCCGUGCCUCGGAGAAGGCCCUCCGCGAUCUGGUCAUCGCCCAGAUGUCCAAGGCGAAGCUGCCGGAAGCGACCAAGGCCACCAACGGCAACAGCGAUAACGAUGCCACGGCGGCCACCGACGACGUCGAUAUGGCCGACGUUUCCGAGAACGACGACGUGCCGAUGCUGCACCUGGCCUCGUACGCCCUGUACAAACUGUUCAACGAGUGGCAAAACGAAGGCUUCGAAAUUCCCGCCAUCAAGCCGGUCAAGGCCCCCGUCAAGCUGACCCCCGCCGGCGUUCACCCGCUGGCCCCGAAGGUUCCCAAGACGAAGGCGGACCUGCCGGCGGACGCGCCCACUCGCCACCCAACGGCGCUGCUGGCCUUUAUGCGCCCCCAGGUCCCGUACGAGGACCUCGGCUCGAACAACACCAACAACCCGGCCGAGCGCGAGUUCUCCGUCGGAGUGACCGUCGACGGCGAGCGGUUCAUUGGUAAGGCCCGCUCGAAGAAGAUGGCCCGCAAGGAGGCCGCCGCGGCCGCGUGCAAGAAGCUGUUCGAUGUGGCGUUUGAGCAAACAGCGGCGACGGCUUAAGUCGCUCCCCAAUCUUCUUCUAAACACUAGCACCUAAUUAAUCUCUCCAUAUAGAAUUAGUUGCGAACGCGCGGUAGUAACACGCGUUCCGUGUUUUGGCUAAUCGUGUGCCCCUCACCGAGGGCAUCACCAUAAUUUAUAACGAUUUUUUAAGAUCCCAAAACUUUCCUUACAAAUUUGCACAUACGAACGCAUCCCGUAGACAGUACACUCUAGCCCUGUUUUAAAUUAUCUUGGAAGGGCCCCAGUAUUCCACGUGACGUGACGUGCAAACGCAACAACCACAAAAAGAGAUUGUGUUUUUUUGCAAACGCCCCCGUCCCGUAGAGGAGACACAUUGAUAGACGUGACGAAAAUGAAAUGUUUAAACUAGUAAAUCUAACUAUACUCGAUUUAGAAUAUAGGACUGUGUCUCUUGAAAGAGUAUCUCUCUCGA